AUGGUGCCUCCGUCCAAAAAAAGAAAGCUUCCUUCCGUCGCCGCACCGGCCGCGAAGCGCAGUAAGAACUCGACCAGAGGCGCUGUUGCGAAAACAAACCCCAAAGCCGGCGGCAAAGCAAAGGCAAAGCCUGCGCGGCAGCUGAUCGACGCGGCCUCUCUCGCCUGGCAAUCGGUCGGAGAGGAAUUCGGCGGGCUCGAGGUGAUUGAAGGAGUUGAUGUGGUAAGAAAUGGUGGGACUGUGCAGUUUUUAGUGGCGGAGCAGCAACAGCAACAGCAGAAGCCCGACUCUUCCGAUUCAAAACACAAGCAGGGUGAACCUGCUCAAGGGCCUGGCGACGGCCCUGUGGAAGGCGAGGAUGUCCAUCCCGGCCAAGCUGGCGAUUCUCAAGGUGGCGUGGAGAGCAAGAGGAGCCAAAAGAAAGCUGCAAGAAAAGACAGGGCCAAGGAGCAGAAGAAAGAAGCAGACAACAAGCACAAGUCGCGGGACGGCAAGCUGGCGACGGCCGAGAAAGAGCUACAAAAGCCCGCUUCACACAAGCAGCAGGGCAACUCCUUCGACGCCCUCAUGGCCGUGGACGACGCAGCAGCAGAAGAAGCAGACAUGGGUGCCUGGGUGGAGUUGAACCUGUCGACGCGCACCGUGUCUGCGAUUGCGAAGCUGGGAUUCUCGAAGCCGACGCUGAUACAGCAGAAGACGAUCCCCGAGAUUCUGGCGGGAGACGACGUGAUUGGAAAGGCGCAGACGGGAUCGGGAAAGACGCUGGCGUUUGGCAUUCCCAUCGUCGAGAAGUGGCUGGAACUCUACGUGGACAAGACGAAUGUCAAGCGGGAGGGCCCGACGGCGGUUGUUCUCAGCCCUACCAGAGAGUUGGCGAAGCAGAUAUCAGACCACAUCAAGGCGCUUUGCGAUGGAUUGCCGACUGCGCCCUACGUCUGCACAGUUACUGGCGGUUUGAGCAUUCAUAAGCAGCAGAGACAGCUGGAAAAGGCCGACAUUGUCAUUGCGACGCCGGGUCGUCUCUGGGAGGUCCUGGACGGCGACAUGAGUCUACAAGAUUCCUUUACCAAGAUCAAAUUCCUGGUUGUCGAUGAGGCAGAUAGAUUGUUUAAAGCAGGACAGUUUAAGGAGGCGGAAGACAUCAUUGGCGCACUCGAUCGACGAGAUCCCGAGGCCGACGACGAAGACGACGACGAACUCCCCCCGCGACAGACGCUCGUUUUCUCGGCUACUUUCGACAAGAAUCUGCAGUCCAAGUUGGCGGGCAGAGGCAAGGGCUCCAAGGCAGCGGCGGGAAGCGACGAAGAGAAGAUGGAGUAUUUGAUGAAGUGUCUCAAAUUUAGGGGCCAGCCCAAGUUUAUCGAUGUCAAUCCCGUGUCGCAGAUGGCUGAUGGCCUGAAGGAGGGUUUGAUUGAAUGUGGUGCCAUGGAAAAGGAUCUCUAUCUCUACACUGUUCUUGUCCUCAACCCGGGUCGCCGCACUCUCGUCUUCACCAACUCCAUUUCAGCCGUUCGUCGUCUCACUCCUCUCCUCCAGAACCUCGGUCUCUCAGCACUCCCCUUACACUCUCAAAUGAUCCAAAAAGCUCGUCUACGAUCCAUUGAGCGCUUCGCUGCGGCUAGCAACUCCAUCCUUGUCGCAACAGAUGUGGCUGCUCGAGGCCUGGAUAUCAAGGAGGUCGACCAAGUUUUGCACUACCACGUGCCUCGCCAGGCAGACACUUAUAUCCAUCGAUCUGGUCGAACUGCCCGUGGCGACCGUUCCGGUGUCAGCGUCAUUCUGUGCUCUCCGGAGGAAGUUCUGCCUACACGUCGUCUGGCGAGCAAAGUCCAUGCUGAGCGCGAGGGUGGCAGCGGCGUCAAGCGCGAGCAUUUCAUCGAGACGCUCUCUAUUGAUCGGAAAAUCGCAGCCCGUCUAAAGUCCCGCGUUGAUCUCGCCAAACGCAUUGCCGAUGCCGUCUUGGCAAAGGAGAAGGGCCACAGCGAAGACACGUGGCUGCGGAAUGCUGCCGAGGAGCUUGGUGUUGACUACGAUUCUGAAGAGUUCGAUGGUAGCGCACCGGGUAACUGGGGUGGCCGAGGAGGAGGUCGUAAGAAGAAGGAGAAGGAGGCUCGCCAGCUGAGCAAAGCCGAGAUGGGAGCGCUGCGGGCACAGCUUCGUGAGGAGUUGAGCAAGAGGGUCAAUCUUGGUGUUAGCGAAAAGUACAUUACGGGAGGAAGAGUUGAUAUUGGUGCGUUGUUGAGAGAAAGGGAGAAGGGCUCUGUUGGAGGGCUGUUUUUGGGAGGAGAUGGGCUCAUGGGACUGAAUAUAUAGAUUUGUAUCGCGGCUUGACAAAGAGUUGAGCAGAAAAUAUCAAGACAUCACUGU